GCGGUCAUGGUGCAUCCGAUUCCUGUCACGUACCUCCCUUACUGAAGUAAGCGACACCUGCAUCUAUAGACAUGACGAACAGAAACACACUGUAUAAUCGUUACUGUCCUUCAAUCCAUAACUGUCAACGUUGAUUCUACAACACCUUCUAGUCCCAUGUAGUCUUUUUGUAUCUCGGCGAGACCAUGGGGCCCCAGCAAAUGUAAAACACGCCCCUACACACAAUAAUCAGGUAGUCCAUGCCCGCCCUCAGAUGCACGCUGCUGCCGCUCCAGCACUAUCCUGUUCACAGUUGCCCACAGUCCAGGAAGUUGGAAUCCAACGACCUGAGUCGGAUUGUAUUCAGCGAUUCUAAGUCAUGAUAUCGCUUGUUGCGAUACUGGUUGUAAGUGUACAACUAUGGCCCGCUCGAGGGUCCCACGAUGUAGCAGAUCACGAUGCCUUCGGGACGGGUGUCCGUUCCCUGGAGGUUGAUCUGAGCGUGGAUCUGUCUCGGAUUGUCCGGGAGGUGGACGAGCGCUUUCUGUCCGUGGCUAUUGAUGCCAGCCUUGUGGCCGAGGAAAAGUUCAUGUACAUGCUGGGGUCCCCAAAACUCAGGACGCUGGCCAAAGCGUUAUCUCCGUCCUAUCUGAGAUUCGGAGGGACCAGGCAGGAUUUCAUGGUGUUCAAUCCAGAGAAGUACCUCAUGCGGUCCCAUGGUUGUGAUCAACAGAAACCCGGUUCGAGUGCCGGACCAGAAGAUAGUUGUAAGAAGAUGGAGUUGCCUACACUACUGGAGGCGAGGUUGAAGAAGCAGUGGAUUCAACAGCAAGCACUACUCCGAAAAGAGGAUCUGCAGAUGAAGUACAGAAGGCGGGUAAAGUUUACAGAGUACUCUGUGGACCUCCUGACCUCCUUUGCCAACUGCACUGACAUGGACCUCAUCUUCGGUCUAAACGCCCUGCUGCGCACCUCCGACAACAUCUGGAACAGCAGCAACGCCCGGUCCUUGAUCAAGUACUGUGAGUCCAAGCAGUACCGCAUCUCCUGGGAGCUGGGCAACGAACCCAACAGCUAUGAGAAGAAGGCCGGUGUCCGGGUAUCCGGGUCCCAGCUAGGGGAGGACUUUGUUAAUCUCAGAGAAAUAUUGCAAGACUCCAAGUUGUACCACAACACGGGCCUGUACGGCCCAGAUAUCAGCCAGCCGCGGGACCACCGGAAAGACCUGCUGCAAGGGUUUCUGACUACCGGCUCACAGGCGAUUAAUGCGUGCACAUGGCACCACUACUACGUGAAUGGACGAGAGGCAACACUCGCCGACUUUAUCAGCCCACAGGUUUUGGACUCUCUAGGGCUGAAGAUCAGCGAAGUUCUGGAGAGCGUCCACCUGGUGUCCCCGGGUAUGAGGAGCUGGCUGGGGGAGAGCAGCUCAGCGUACGGCGGGGGAGCGGAGGGGCUGUCAGACGCCUUCGCAGCCGGAUUCAUGUGGCUGGAUAAGCUGGGACUUGCUGCUAAGAUGGGUCUGGACGUGGUUAUCAGACAGGUGUUGAUCGGUUCUGGAACGUACCACCUGGUCGACGACAACCUGGACCCCCUUCCUGACUAUUGGCUGUCGCUUCUCUACAAAAGACUGGUUGGCCCUGAGGUUCUGAUGGUUGAACGACUUCUUCUUGCUGGCCUCCAAAACCCGAGGCGGAAAGUGCGGGUUUAUCUUCACUGUGCUAACCGAAACAGAGGCUACAGUAAAGGCGCCGUCACACUGAUGGCCAUGAAUCUGGCUGCUAGACCAUCCAGGCUGACUCUGCCUGCCCUGCUGUCGCCCAGCACAGUGGAGGCCUUUGUCCUGCAGUCGGACCAGCCAAACGAGGCAGGACUCUACUCUAGGUCUGUGAUGCUGAAUGAGAAACUGCUGCAGAUGUUAGACGACCAAACUCUCCCCGAGCUGAAGGGUAACAUUCUGCCCCCAGCGGACCAUCUCUCACUUCCUGGAUUCUCCUUGGCUUUCUUUGUCUUUACCGAGGCCGAAGCAGCAGCCUGUCAGUGACCUCUGCUGGACGAAGUAGGAAGUGCAGCACUGGACACACUACUGGCCUUUUUCCACUACUAUACUGUCCCUGUGCGGCACGGUGCCACUUGGAGGGGCUGGGUUUUGCAUUUCCAUUACAACCGGGCAGAUGACGCACUUUUCUUGAGUCGUUGACUCAACAACACACACUUUUAUUCCCUAUUUAUUUUUAUAUCCCAUCAUAAAAUCGGAUCGAUUUAAUUUAAGAGACAUUUAAUAUAUUUAAAUGGUUUCAGAUGGACGGCGGCCCGCAUAGUGCUAUUUACGAAGAUUCAAUCUGUUUGACGCGCUAUUUUGUUUCCUCAACAUAUUAAUAGCUCAUUGACAGCCAAUCAUUAUUUCAGAUUCGGCCUGUUUACACACUUUCAACAAUGUUUAAUACAUAUUUCACUCAGUGACACAUGAUUUCCUUGAUAUUAGGGAAGAAAAUGUGUUUAUCAAUAUCAGUGAUGUGAUGGUGUGAAAUAUUGUGCUAUGUCCUUUAGACCAAGACUAAUCUGAAAUAAAUCUGUCCUAUGCCAACAAGCUAUUUAGUUUUGCAAGAGAAUAUCGUCAAACUAAUGCCACUAAGGUGUGCUUCUAUUAAACCUUUAUUACCCUUUUAAUAAGGGCUUAUAUAGUUAUAUAGGCACGACCAAAUAAUAAAAAGAUGGCAGGUGAGAACUCUUCGUGCAUGGCGAUGUGUCUCAUAAAAAUAAUGUGGUUUAUUGGAUUUGUAAGGGUCUAUACUCGUACAAAUGAAGCUAUAACCUCUCGCUCCAAACCGCAAUCAGCGCUUCCUUCAUCGCAGGCCACUUGGAGGUGGGUUUGUCUCACACUGGCCCGUUGGUUUAUACUGGUAGUGGAAACACAAAUCAGCGUGGUACGUCUUGGUAAGUCCAAAAGAAAAUGAAAAUGCAAAAAGGGCCAUACCUGUACCACUGCUAGCACUGACACUCAAACCCGGAUAUUAUUUGACGCCAGAUUGUUAUUGUGUUGUUUUGUACAACAAAUUCUUAUUUUGUUCCUAUACUUAAUGGUCAAUCGGAAGUAUUCAAAUGUGAAUUGGUUUAAUAAAAUGUUUCCCAUGGA